UUCAUGCAUCAAAAGACAAAAAUACCAGACAACAGAGAUCCUCUCUCUCUCUCUCUCUGCAACCAUGUUCUCCUCUAGCAAGAUCAAGUCCGUUGAUUUUUACAGGAAAAUUCCUAGAGAUUUGACAGAGGCAUCAAUAUCAGGUGCAGGGUUAUCCAUUAUAGCAGCACUCUUCAUGAUGUUUUUAUUUGGAAUGGAGCUGAGUAAUUACUUGACGGUCAGCACUGACACAGCCGUUGUUGUUGAUAAGAGUGCCGAUGGGGAAUUCCUACGCAUUGAUUUUAAUAUUAGUUUUCCUGCACUCUCAUGUGAAUUUGCGUCGGUUGAUGUGAGUGAUGUGUUAGGAACAAACAGGUUGAAUAUAACAAAAACAAUUCGCAAAUUUUCAAUAGAUCCCAAUUUAAAUCCGACUGGUGAGUUUCAUGCGGCGCCAAUUCCAAGACUUAUUAAUCAUGGAGAUGAACAUGAGCAGGAAUAUGUUGAAGGAGCUGUUCCACUAACUGCUAAUUCUUUUGAUAGAUAUGCACAACAGUUUCCAAUUCUGGUUGUAAACUUUUAUGCUCCUUGGUGUCAAUGGAGUAACCGCUUGAAACCAUCUUGGGAGAAAGCGGCUAAAAGAAUAAGAGAGAGAUAUGACCCUGAAAUGGAUGGACGAAUCCUCUUGGCCAAGGUUGAUUGCACUGAUCAAGGAGUCUUGUGUCGGAGGCAUCAUGUCCAAGGAUAUCCAUCUGUUCGCAUUUUUCGUAAAGGAAGUGACAUAAGGGAUGAGCAUGGACACCAUGACCAUGAAUCUUAUUAUGGGGAGCGAGACACAGAUAGUCUGGUUUCGACAAUGGAAGCUCUUGUUGCACCUGUCCCAUUGGAGUUGAAUCAUGAGCUUGAGAACAAAACUGAUGAGGACACUGCAAAACGUCCUGCACCAUUGACAGAUGGAUGCAGAAUCGAAGGUUUUGUGCGCGUUAAGAAGGUUCCCGGCAACCUUAUCAUUUCAGCUGAUUCAGGAGAACAUUCCUUUGAUGCUUCUCUAAUUAACGUGUCGCACGUCAUCUCCCAUCUCUCAUUCGGUAGAAAGCUCUCUCCAAGGAUGCUUUAUGAAGUGAGGCGCCUAACACCUUAUCUUGGUGAAAACGUCGAUCGAUUAACAGGCCGGUCUUACAUGAUACACCAUGGUGAUACAAAUGAUAAUGUUACUAUCGAGCACUACCUUCAAGUAGUAAAGACUGAGAUCAUAUCAUCAAGAAUUCCUGCAGAAUUCAAAUUGCUAGAGUACGAGUAUACGGCCCAUAGUAGUUUGAUACAUAGUGUGCACGUUCCUGUAGCGAAAUUCCACUUCGAGCUUUCCCCCAUGCAGGUGCUAAUAACGGAAACUCAGAAGUCCUUUUCACAUUUCAUAACGAAUGUCUGUGCCAUCAUUGGGGGUGUUUUCACGGUUGCCGGGAUAAUGGAUGCGAUACUGUACAACACAAUUCGGGUGUUGAAAAAGGUUGAGUUAGGGAAGCAUUUUUGACUUGGAAGAAUUUUUGGUAAUAAAAAACUGCUCAAUCUUUUCCCCCCCUCCUCCCCUCUUGGUUAGGGUAAUGUUGUCCCUGCGAUUAAGUUCCAUUCUUUGUAGCUAAAUUGACAAAGCACUAUGUAACUGUAAACAUUAACAGUUGCAUUUAUAGAAAAUUAUUGUUUUCAAGUUCCAAAGUUCAGUCAU